AUGGCAGACAGCAAGUAUGGCAGAUCGUCGGAGCUCCGCGCAAGCGGAGGAGGCCGCGGAAGAGGAGACAUGAGUAAUGCGUCUUCCUCGAACCACCGCCCAACCUCUGGAGGAAGCGGAGGGACCGAUCGCAUCGCACCCAGCAGCGAAGUCAAGAUAGGCAGACGACGCAACCACCGUCAAGCUCACGACGUCACGACAGCCCUCCAAGAAGGAAUGACAAUUCACCUCGUAGGAACCCCAUUCCACGAAGAAACGCUAGCCCCCCACGAAGAAAUACCAGUCCUUCAAGACGACACACUAGUCCUUCACGCAGGAACCCUAGUCCAUCAUCCAGACGAAACUCUAGUCCAUCUAGACGAAUCUCUCCGUGGUCCCAGCGAGACCAUUCCCCUCGGCCUCGCGACAAGCGUUCUUCGCCACAGCAUCGUCGAAGUCCACCGCGUGAAAGGCAUACGUCGAGCCCCCCACCACGUCCAAAGAUCCAACCUGUGA